CACAGGCGCAGCCGCGCGGAGCGAGCAGGGGAGCGGACUGCGGGGGUGGCAGGGCGCGAUCGGGACGCGAUCGAGAGGUCCGGCGCGCUCGGCGGCCCGGCAGUGGGUCGGGGCUCCGCGGGAACCGAGCGGCGGAGCGCGGGCUCGAGCCGGCUGGCUCCGAGGGCGCCGCGUCAACAGCUGCGCUGGCGGGGCGGGGGCGGGGGGAAGUGCGCGUGCGCGGCCUGCGCGGACGGGGGAGCGGGUGUAGGGCUGCGGGAGCGCGCGUGCGCGCGGCCACCAGCCUGGGCGGCUGGUCCUGCCCGUGACGAGAGGCGGCGGCCGGUCCUGUCUGUGACAGCGGCGGCGGCUGCUCCAGACACCUGCGGCGGCGGCGGCGGCGGCGGCGACCCCGCGGCGGGCGCGGAGAUGUGGCCCCUGGUUGUGGCGCUGCUGCUGGGCUCGGCGUGCUGCGGUUCAGCUCAACUAAUAUUUAAUGUAACCAAAUCUGUAGAAUAUACAAUUUGCAAUAAGACUAUUAUCAUCCCAUGCUUUGUUAAUAAUGUGGAGGCAAAGAACAUUAAUGAAAUGUAUGUAAAGUGGAAACUUAAAGGAAAAGACAUUUUUACCUUUGAUGGAUAUAAACAGUUGUCCACUACCAGCAAUGAAUUUCCAAGUGCAGAAAUCUCACCGGCAGAAUUACUAAAGGGCAUUGCCUCUUUGAAGAUGGAUAAGAGUAAUGCCGUUGUAGGAAACUACACUUGUGAAGUAACAGAAUUAAGCAGAGAAGGCGAAACCAUCAUAGAACUAAAAUACCGUAUUGUUUCAUGGUUUUCUCCAAAUGAAAAUAUCCUCAUUGUUAUUUUCCCAAUUUUGGCUAUACUUCUGUCCUGGGGACAGUUUGGUAUUGUGACACUUAAAUAUAAAUCCAGUUACACGAAGGAGAAAACCAUUCCUUUAUUUGUUGCCGGCCUAGUGCUCACUGCAGUUGUCAUUGUUGGAGCCAUUCUUUUCAUCCCAGGUGAAUAUUCCAUAAAGAAUGCUUGUGGACUUGGUUUAAUUGUAAUUCCUACAGCGAUAUUAAUAUUACUUCAGUACUGUGUGUUUACGAUAGCUAUUGGGCUGUCCUCCUUCAUCAUUGCCAUACUGAUACUUCAGGUGCUAGGCUAUGGGCUCUCUGUGGUUGGACUAAGCCUCUGUGUCUCAGAGUGUACACCAGUGCAUGGCCCUCUUCUGAUUUCAGGUUUGGGUAUUACAGCUCUAGCAGAAUUACUUGGAUUAGUUUAUAUGAAAUUUGUUGCUUCCAAUCAGAAGAUUAUACAACCUCCUAGGAAAGCUGUAGAGGAACCCCUUAAUGCAUUUAAAGAAUCAAAAGGAAUGAUGAAUGAUGAGUAACUGACGUGAAGUGAUGGACUCUGAUUUGGAGAGUAGUAAGACAUGAAAGGAAUAUGCUUGUGUUUCAGCACCAUGGCCUUGAUUCGUGGUUCAUGAGAAGGAAACAAGUAACUGGUUUACAUCUUUGGGAGAAAAUAAAUCAUUGACCCUUAAGUGAUUGUUACGGUUAAGUUUUUAUUCAAAGCAUUUGUAAUUUAGUUAAUAAAAGAAUUAUGAUCUG